GUGCUCAUGCGCGGGCGCAUCCCACCGGGGCUACGGGACCCCGUCUGGAAAACCCUGGUCAUGCUGAAAGUGACUGUUCCUGUUGAAGCCUUGAGCAGUGAUCCAGCAGGUGUGUAAAGCUGGUCGUGCUUCUGUGCUCCUUGGUUCAUUUCAUAGGCAGGAACAGAGGAGCCUUCCUGAGAUUGCUGUUACCAUACCUGCCUGUCACCCUGCUAAGAGCUGAGGCUUUAAAGACCUCAGGGACUGCUUUCAGUACUCACAGAAACCUCUUACACCCUGGUGAUGGCAUGGAGGGACUGUUUUCUUACUCUUCAUCUGAAAGACUGUCAAGAAGGAAGGCAAAGAUAGAGCAAUUGGAUCUCUGACUCUCCUUGUAGCCUCUGAUCUCAGACCUUAUUAAACCCCUUUCUGAGCCCAAGGACAAAGAUCAGUUGAACAAAUGAUUUUGAGUCAUGAAUGAAAAAUCUUGCUCUUUCCAUAAUGAGAAGGAAUUAAGAGAUGGACAGGGUGAAAGAGUGUCUGCUGGGUACUCUCCAUCACAUGACAAGGACAACAGUGCUCUUGUGGCUUUCAAAGGAAUUCCUAUCUCAGAGCUGAAGAACCGUGGCAUUCUCCAGGCCCUGACAAUAGAAGCUAACGAAUGGGAGCCAGCUGUUGUGAGUACAGAGGUGCUCAGAGCCCAAGAAGAAUGGGACGCUGUGGACACCAUCCAUCCAGAGACAGGGAUCCAGGCUGGGUCAGACCAGCCUGUGCAGCUAAUUUCCUUCAGUGAGGCCCUGCAGCAUUUCCAGACUGUGGAUCUCUCUUCCUUCAAGAAAAGAAUCCAGCCAACUAUUCGAAGGACUGGGCUUGCUGCCCUCCGGCACUACCUCUUCGGGCCUCCAAAGCUCCACCAGGGCCUUCGGGAGGAAAGGGACUUGGUCCUGACCAUUGCUCAGUGUGGCCUGGAUAGCCAAGACCCAGUGCAUGGCCGAGUCCUCCAGACCAUCUACAAGAAGCUGACCGGCUCCAAGUUUGACUGCGCCCUCCACGGAGACCACUGGGAGGAUCUGGGCUUUCAGGGAGCGAAUCCAGGCACAGACCUGAGAGGCGCGGGUUUCCUUGCCCUCCUACACCUGCUGUACCUGGUGAUGGACUCAAAGACCUUGCUGAUGGCGCAGGAGAUUUUUCGCCUGUCUCGUCACCAUAUCCAGCAGUUCCCUUUCUGUUUGAUGUCCGUGAACAUCACCCACAUUGCCAUCCAGGCCUUGAGGGAGGAAUGUCUCUCCAGGGAGUGUAAUCGGCAGCAAAGGGUCAUCCCGGUGGUAAACAGCUUCUACGCCGCCACUUUCCUCCACCUCGCACGUGUCUGGAGGACACAGCAGAAGACCAUCUCAGACUCCAGCUUUGUCCUCAAAGACUUGGAAGUGUUGGCCAAGAAGAGCCCAAAGCGGCUGCUCAAGACCCUGGAGAUCUACUUGGCUGGGGUAUCAAAGGGACAGGCCUCCUUGCCAGGACCACAACAGUGCCUUGGGCCCCAAGCCCUGCACUCCGAGGAUCUCACCUUCACGGGCCUGUGUGACCUGCAGCCUCACUCAUCCGAAGGCUCAUGGCUGAUCUGACUGGCUCCAGAGACAGCCUGAUAGAAAGACUUGAGUCUGGGUCGCAGGGGCUCUCAGAAGGUGCAUGGCAGGCCAGGUCAGGAGCAGCCUGGCUGGGCCAAGCCCUUGCCACCUCAACUCCCGGGCCUGGUUGUAGAAAUCCAAGUACCCUCACUGGCAUGAGACAUUAGGGGCGGCUAGACUUGACCCCGCAGGACGGCACUCCCUGCAGACCUGCCUCCAGAGCAGGGAGAAUUUUGCCUUAAUCUCAGUUGGGCUCCAGUCUACAGGGUUGGGUUCCAGGUUAUCUCAAUGAGAGUGUAUGGAUUAGGAGAUGGCACACCUCCAUCUAGAUAUCCUGCAUAUCCCCACAUGGAGGGAGGUUCCUAAGUAGAGGCAGCCAGAAUUCUGACCCCCUGGCAGGAGGGUUUUCAGGACCAGGGCGUCUGUGUGGUUAGGAUUUGGGGUUUUUUAAUUUUUAUUUUUAUUUUCAUGUGUUUAUUAAUAUAUUCCAAAGAAAUUUAUUUAGUAAUUUUAAAGUUGUCAACAAAAAUAGUAAUAUAAUUUUUGUAUACCUUCUAUCUGUCAGACAGUGUGCUAGAUCCGUUACAUGUCAUUUAAUCCUUCAAACAUCUUUUUCAUUCAAUAUUUAUCCUACAGUGCUUAUAAAGUGCUUACUCUAUGCCAGGCACUGUGUAAGCACUGGAGAUACAGUGGUGAUCACCACUAUGAUACACAGUAGCCAUUAACAUCCCCAUUUAAAAUGAGGCAAUUGAGAUUGUAGGAUUUGAUUCUACAUAGCCUAGCUUCAAAGCUACUCUUCCUAAUACAGCCCAAUCAAAAAGAGUUAGCUUAGCCCCAAGUCUUACCAUCACCACCACCAACAACAAAAAUACAAAAUUCCGAACCCUUGGGCCAGCCCGUGGCUCACUUGGGAGAGCGUGGUGCUGACAACGCCAAGGCCUCAGGUUCAGAUCCUAUAUAGGGAUGGCUGGUUAGCUCACUUGGGAGAGCGUGGUGCUGACAACACCAAGUCAAGGGUUAAGUUCCCCUUACUGGUCAUUUUUUUAAAAAACAAAAAAAAAUUCUAAAUCCUUUAAGUUAAAAUGGAGAAAAUAUCAAAGAAAGAACAAUAACUCAUUUAAAUGUAGUAUAAAAUACAAACAAAAAAUUGUAUAUAGCCUUUAUAAUUCGCAAUAUCACCUACGUUAAUCCUCACACAAUCCUAUGAUAUCAGUGCUAGUAUUCUCAUUUUGUAGAUGAGAACACUGGCUCAGGACAACAACAUAGGGUGGCAAUAUAUAUAUUUUUUUAGAUUAAAGGAAAUUAAAUAGAUAUAACAACUAAAUACAAUGUAUGAACCUUGAUU